AUGAUCGGUGCAGUGCAAUUGGGGGUGUUGGCUGCUUGCGUGGUGGUUUUGGUUCCGAUGGGCAUGGCCGGUUAUCAUCUCAGCCGCAAUAAAAUGCUCUUCUUCAGCGGCGCUCUCUUCAUCACUCUCGCCAUUGGCGUCCACCUCACCCCUUACUUCCCUUCCGUUAACGACUUCGUCACCACCGUCUCCUCCGUCGUCGUUUUCGAGAACCGCCGUGAGUCCUGCCUCUCCCACCUCCACGACGUCGUUUGGGAGGUCACCCCCUCCCCCAAUUUCAACCCCCUCGACAACAACACCGUCAAUUACGACAAGUCGUGGGCUUGGACUUCUUCCUCUACCGUUUCUGCAUGCGGGUUUCAGAAACUAGGGCGUUUUGACGCCUCUGAUCUGCUCAACGGAUCCUGGGUUGUGGUGGCUGGUGACUCUCAAGCCAGGCUUGUGGCGCUUUCGUUGUUGAGUCUGGUUUUGGAUUCUGGGCCUCUGGAGAAGGUUAAUAGAGAUCUGUUUAAGAGGCACAGUGAUUAUCAGAUUGUGGUGAGUGAGAUUGGGAUGCGAUUGGAUUUCAUCUGGGCUCCUUACACUGUCAAUUUGACCAAUCUGGUCAACGGUUUCAAGCGAAAUCGCAACUACCCAGAUGUGUUGGUGAUGGGUUCUGGGCUCUGGCACAUGCUUCACUUCACCAACGCAUCAGAUUUUGGUGUUCAAUUACAAUCACUAAGGAGUGCUUCUGUGUCUUUGUUGCCAUUUUCGCCAGAUACCGGCUCCGACAGGCCGGUAACCAGCUCCGGCUCCGGCUUUGUUUCGGCCCGAUCGCCCCACUUGUUUUGGAUUGGCAUGCCCACGUUGAUAAACUCGAUGUUGAAUACAGAGGAGAAGAGGGAGAAGAUGACUGAUGCAAUGCGUGGUGAGUAUGAUAAGGAGCUUCACAAUAGUAAGAUUUUGCGCAAAGCCGGUGGUCCCCUGUUGUUGCUGGACAUUGAGUCCUUGAGUUGGAAUUGCGGAGUUCGAUGCACGGUUGAUGGGAUGCAUUAUGAUAUGCCUGUCUAUGAAGCUGCACUUCAUAUCAUGCUACAUGCAUUGCUCAUCGAAUCUCAUCAGAAGCUUUGA